GGUAACAGGAGUGAGAAGGCCGGCCAGUCACCCUCAUCGGCCAGGCUCUGCGUCUCUGCAGGAUCGCUAAGUAUUGCAAAUCGGCCUGAGUCCCACCACCACGUAGGGUUGCCCUUGACAUCUCUUAACUGAGGAGUGUUUUUCAAAACUAGCUGUGAACUCCUUUCUUACAUGAUCAGCUAUCUCCCAGGAUUUCCCUGGCAGAAUCUUCACCAAAAACUUUGCUGACAGCCAAGGAUGGCGAGCAAGGGGCCGUCGGCCUCUGCAUCCCCUGAGAACUCCAGCGCAGGGGGCCCCAGUGGGAGCAGCAACGGCGCUGGGGAAAGCGGAGGGCAGGACAGCACCUUCGAGUGCAACAUCUGCCUGGACACAGCCAAGGAUGCCGUCAUCAGCCUGUGUGGCCACCUCUUCUGUUGGCCAUGUUUACAUCAGUGGUUGGAGACCAGACCUAAUCGACAGGUGUGUCCAGUUUGCAAAGCUGGCAUCAGCCGAGACAAAGUCAUCCCGCUCUACGGCAGGGGCAGCACUGGACAGCAGGACCCCAGAGAGAAGACCCCUCCCCGUCCUCAGGGACAGAGACCAGAGCCAGAGAACAGAGGGGGAUUUCAAGGAUUUGGAUUUGGAGAUGGGGCUUUCAGAUGUUUUGGAAUUGGGGCAUUUCCCUUUGGGAUUUUGCCACAGCAUUUAACAUAA